AUGAACAAAGACGGGGAUAAAAGCAAUAAGAGUGCACCACGCAGCCAGAAGCAACCCAAGGCGCACCAACAGGUUUUAUCCCGGAAAAAGACGAAGGACGCAUCCAACAAAGAUGCCCAAAGUGUGGCCACUCUUAAGGACCCGCGGUCAGAUCAGUGGGAGAUUGUUGUGGAUGUGAAACCAUCCGAAUUGCAGGGAAAGCGAGCCGGGAAAGAGUCCUCCAACGUGGGCGCGGAGCACCAGAGGAGCUCGGGCGCGCAGAGGAAACUGUCGGACGCGAGUAACGCCUCCGAGGAUCUGAGCAAAGACUCCGGCUGCUUGUCCGGGAAGCUGUCCUCCUCGGACAGCAGCUCAGAAAUAUCCGACUGCUCGUCGGACGGCAACAAGCGCGACUCACCGAAUAGCUAUAACGAGUUAAGCUGGAUAGACGGCAGAGCUUAUGAGACACCGGACAGCGAGGCGACGGGCGACGGGAAACCGUGCGUAAAAGCCGCGGCGGAUACCUGUGCGCCCGCGCCUGAUGCUGCGCCGGGGGGCCUCAGUUUGUUGAAGUCCGCGGGCCCCUUCAUAGAUUUCAUGAUGGGGGACACGACCGAGGAUCUAGUCAGGGAGGUGGAGGACUUGAGGUCAGAGAACGAAUAUCUGAAAGAUGAGAUGGAGGAGCUCCGUUGUGAGAUGCUGGAAAUGCGUGACAUGUUCCAGGAGGAGGAGGUGUACCAGCUGCAGGAGCUGCGGCUGCAGCUGGAGCAGGCCAACAAGUCCUGCCGCAUCCUGCAGUACCGCCUCCGCAAGGCCGAGCGCCGCAGCAUCCGCGUGGCUCAGACCGGGCAGGUGGACGGGGAGCUGGUCAGGAGCCUGGAGCACGACAUCAAGGUUGCGAAGAGUGUGUCCCUCCGCCUGUACACCGAGCUGGAAGCGGUGCAGAAGAAAGACGCCCGGCUGGAGUGGGAAAACGAAGCGCUGCGCGAGAAAACCCAGCAGCUGGAGGUGGAGAAACAGGUCUUACAGGCAGAAGCGGAAAAGGCCAGAGAGAGCUCUUUGAAGAAGAGGAGCCUCAGAUCAACAGUCAAUAAGGCAGAAAGGAGGCUGUCUCAGCAAAUGGAGGAUGACAGUGCCGAUCUCAAGUGCCAACUGCACUUUGCCAAAGAGGAACUAGCUCUCAUGUGCAAGAAGCUCACCAAUCUGGUGUCGGAGAGCGAGGCCUUGCGCGAGGAGCUGGCCAAAUACCAGCGAGCCUACGGCGACAUGGAGGGGACACAGUCGCCUGAAGGCAAGCAGAACCCGGCGCAGUCCCGAGAGAUGGAGUUCAAAGUUCAUCUGAAGCUGGUGGAGGAGGAGGCCACGCUCCUGAGCCGCCGCAUCGUAGAGCUGGAGGUGGAGAACCGCGGCCUGCGAGCGGAGAUGAGCGACCUCCGGGAGAAGGCUGGAGGAAGAGGGGGGAGGGAAGAGGAAGAGGUUUUGGGGGACGGCACCGCGCCCGUGAGCGCGGCUGUGAAGGAUGAGCACCAGAGCGAGGACUCAGGAGAAGGAAACGGCGAGAGAUCUGUGCCCUGCAACCAAGCGCAGAGUGACGGGACAAUCACCGCCUGUCACAUAGCUCGAGAGGGUCCGGUAGGUGGGGAGUGGGACCCCUCAGACGGUCAACAGGGAGACGGCGACAAAAAGCUCGACGAAGGACUGAAAGGAAUGACAGUCGGAGACUACGAGACUCUUCGCGCUCUCAGAGACCACUCAUGCAUUUUGACUUCAGCCAUUCAGCUCCUGACGGCGGUGUCCAGAAACGGUCAGAGCUCGCCUCCCUCCUGUGCCUUCAUCUCUCCCACAGACCUGAACUCCAACGACAGGGCGCGGGGCUCUCUGGACGAGGCUCUGGAGCUCCUGGAGGCCAUGCUGGUGGCUUUCAUCGGAAGGCUGGAGAUGCUGCUGAGACGCCAGGAUGAGCGCGAAGCCUGCCCCGCCCCUCCUCUCCGUGCAAACCACCAAAACCUCGACGGGUCGCAGGUCAGCCAGACGCGUGGAGAAGACCUCUCAAAGCAAGCCGGAGAGGGAGGAGGCCCCGCGGACAGCAGCGGGGAUUCCAAAACGCGGCUGUCCUUGCAGAUUCUCUGGAUCCUUCACCAGUGGAGCAAAAUGCGGGGAUCCGACCUGGAGGGAAAAGAGGUACAGAGCAAGGAUUUAGCAGAUAACGUCGCCGUUUUAAAACGCUUUUCAGAAGCUGGAAUGUGUGGAUUUCUUUGGUGGACCCAGGGCAGAGACAAAACCCUGGCGGCGCUGCUGCGGCUGCUGCAGGAGCUCGGCGCAGAGCUGCGAGACGAGGGCGAGGCCAAGGCGCGUCCGGGCAGGCCAUCCGAGUGUGCUUUCAGUGGUCCCCUUCCUGAAGGACACUAUGAAACCAUCGGGCCAAAGGGAAACAGGUCGAGGCAGCUGUUUCCUCCGCGUGGCCCUGGGAGGAAGAACUGGUGCUAUCUGAGCCAGGAGGCGGCCCAGCUUGACCGGGAGGAGCCCUUUAAGACGUGGGACCACCUGAUCAUGCCGCACAGCUUCCCGGACCUGGAUUUGGAGAGGACGCUUCAGAAGAGAAGCCACACCGCCCCGGAGAAGUCGGGCGUCCGCAUCUACUACAGCCCCCCCACAGCCCGCAGAGUCCAGCCGGUCCAGAGCAGGCGCAGCCCCGUCGCGGACAGGGGGUCGGUGGACACCACCUCGCCCUGGUGCACCCCGCCCACCUCCUUCUCUCAGCUCUGCCUGGGCUCCUCCGCCAACCUGAGCGACGACAUGAAGGAGAUAACGGCCGGGUGGAGGCAGGCUGUGCACGGCGGUUCCCAGGAGAGGAGGGGGCGAGCGGCGGGCCGCUGGGUGGACGUGGCCUGCUCCGGUACGCAGACCCACAUGAAGCCUCAGAUGGUCAGCGUGGGGCAGCAGACGGACGGGACGGCCAGAAGCAGCCCCUCCAGAGUCCUGGGAUCUUCUCUGGUCUCCGCCCGGUCUCAGCACAUCUCCGCCUCUCUGGAUGGGAUACCGGGUCGGAUGGAGAGGUCCAGAUCGUCCACUUCCUCCCCUAAACUGUACCGCAGACAUUCUUCUCUCCCCUCACCCACCAGUUUGGGCUCCACCUCAUCCUCCACAUCCAGCCCCAGAAACAGCUCUGCGUGGAACCCAGCGCAUCAGAACUACUCCGGGAUCGCAUGGACUCGACAAAGAAGUCCCAAAUCGGGCGCGGGGAAGACCAACGGCCCGGCCAGCGGAGCCAAGCCGCCCAGCAAGUCCGCCGGCAACAACCGCUGCGGCCUGGUGACCGAGUUCCUGCGCAGAGUGAGCAGCCGGACAGACAAAGCGGCGCAGGGGUCAGGGCCCGGCCAGAAGGCCAAGAGCGGCCUGAAGAACAUAGAGCGCGCUCCAACCAGGCCCCAGGCCGCCACUCUGCACAGGAACGACAGCGUGACCAGGAUCGUCAACCAGAGGUUCAUGAAGCAGAGAGAGGAGGCCGGCCAAGCCCCGAGAGAGGAGAAAGGGAGCAGCCCGAGCCCCAGAGUCAGACACAGUCAGAGUACCGGCACAUCAGAGGAGGAUAACUACGAAUGCACCUCCAGCAGCAGGUUGAGCUUCUGCUUUGCUCGACCAUCUCGCUCCGGCGCACGACAGACAUCAGCACCGGGGAAACUCCUCAGGCACGGAUGCUCGUCGCCAGCGAGCAUGGCCGCGGACUCCAACUGUGGCUGA